CUCAGAUCCCUGGCUUUGGGCUGUAGAUGAAUCUUGCGUAUGGAGAGAGGGAGGGAACGAGAAAGGGAGGAUUGUGAAUGAACCCAUGGAGCAGUCCAGUGGCAGCAGUCUUUACAGAUCAGCAAAGAGGAGGUGAAGAGAGGAUUACAGGAAGGAUUCAAAUAAAAACUAGUCUAGACUUAAUUCAGUAACUUAGCCUUAAAAGUAUGCUCCACUAAUUCAAGAUACCUUAGAGUGAUUCUCUGUCUCGCUUGUGCUGACUCUUGAGUUUUCACGUCAUGGGUUCAGAAGCCUGAAGAAGCAAUCCAGGAAGACUCCAACCACCUCUUGACAAAGUUACCAUUCACCCACAUCAGACGUAUCCAUACGCCAGGCAGUUUGACAGUACCAUCUGACUGGUGUCUGGCCUGGCUAUUGUCUCCGUGGUGAAGCCUCCGGCUGUGGGUUGCUAUGCCGGUUUCCUGUGGGUCUGUCUGGGUCACAGCGAGGGUGCUGCCACUCCGCUGAGGUUGGUCUGCCUGUCUUCCAGCCUGCCGCCCCCAUGAGCCACGCGGGAACCCUACAGAGACGUACCACCUACCUCAUCUCCCUUACCCUGGUCAAGGUCGAGGCCGUGGGGGGUGAUGGAGUUUCAAUCGGGCCCCAGCCACAACGGACCCUUGCUCUGGGGAGAGCAGGAGUGGAGGGCCCAGAGGAUGAGGAGCUGAGCAGGACCACUGAGAAUGAGGGAGGACAUGCAUGUGCCGAGGUGAAGGGAGAGGGGAACACAGAGAUGGAGGAAGAGGAGCAGGAGUACGUUAGCUUUGGGGGACCUGUACAGGAGCGGGAGAAGCCUGAGAUAAAGGAGCGAGAGAGUCGUGGUCCAGGCUCCUCAAAAGAUGUCACGUUGGAGACUAAGAGCAAGGAGUCUCCCCUCUUACCGAAGAAUGUGAAAGACCAAGUGAAAGGACUUGCAGGGGUGUCAGAUGUCCCCUCAGUGGGAGGGCUGAGGAGAGAGGGAACCCGCCCUAAAACAGAGCUCUAUAGGGAGCCACCCAUGCUGUUCCCAAGGUGCGAGGAAGGGAUGGGCGACGCAAGCAACACCCUCUCCCGGGGCAGCAUGCCCAUCACCGUACCGCCCAGGCUCACCCAGAGACCCGAGGUCCUGAUGAGGUCACAUGCCGGGGGCGGGGCUGUAAGCCGGCGGGAAUUGAGGGAAGCCAAUCAGAGUAUGCCUCCAUCCGCCAAGAGUCUGGACCGCAAAGACAACCGCAUAGGGGACCGGUCUCCCAUGACAGCUGCUGUGGCCUCUCUGGGACCAUACCGGGCGUCCUGGGCGGACAGUGAUGGCAGGUCCACCCUCCUUCGCCAGGGAGCCCCCGUAGGGGGGGGGUUUACGGACAUGGUGACCAGGGAAAGCCCCAGAGGGGACAGGCUGAAGACAGGCUCAACCUCCCUGCCAGCCCAACCCACCCCUCAGAUAUCCAAGCCGCCGAGGAAGGGCAAGAGCCGCACUCUGGACAAUAGUGACCUGCACUCCCUCUCUGAGGACCUGAAGAAGGGGAAGGACAGCCAGAGUCAGGGGGGUACCACCCAGCGUCCCCCCGCCCGUGACCGCAAGAUGCUCAAGUUCAUCAGCGGCAUCUUCACAAAAAGUACGCCUGCGCCUCCCUGCUCCAACACAGCGCCCCCUAUCUACACGCCCAUUCAGAGGGGUUCUAGUGAGGAGGAAGCGGCUUGCGGUAACAGUCAAGAAUGGACCUUCAGUCGAACCGUCCAAGAGCUCCGUCUGGGGGUGUUGGGAGGUCUCCGCAGUGGGAAGUCAGCCCUGGUCCACAGACACAUGAGCGGCAGCUACCAGCCCCGGGAGAACCCAGAAGGGGGCAGGUAUAAGAAGGAGGUACUUGUUGAUGGCAACAGUCACAUUUUGCUGAUCAGGGAGGAGACAGGACCCCCGGAUGCACAGAUGGCUAGCUGGGUGGACGGGGUCAUCCUGGUCUUCAGUCUGGAGAAUGAGGCCAGUUUCCAGGAAGUGUACAGGAACUACAGCGAGCUUGGCAUCCACCGCAACAUCGCUGAGAUCCCCUUCAUAGUGGUAGGAACCCAGGAUAAAAUCACCAGCACCAACCCUCGGGUGAUAGAGGAUGCCAAGGCUAGACAGCUGUGUUCAGACGUCAGGCGCUGUACCUACUACGAGACCUGCGCUACCUACGGCCUCAACGUCAACCGCGUCUUCACCGAGGCUGCCCAGAAGAUCAUGGCAGUGAAGAAGCAGGCAGCUCUACUGGCCUCCUGUAAAUCCCUGCCCAACUCCCCCAGUCACUCUGGAGGCUCUACCCCAGUGUCAGGCAUCUUCCCUGGUCAGGCCAGUAAUGGUGGUCAGAGCAGUGACUACUCGUCCUCUCUGCCCUCCACCCCAGUGAUCAGUCAUAAGGAGAUCGGUGGGGCAGCAGGGGGGGAGAGGCUGGGCAGCGCCACCCCAGGGUCUGUCCGCAGUGCCCCACGGCGACGCACUGGCUCCCGCUUCACGGGCCGUAGGGGCAGUGACUCGGAGAGGAGGAGUACAGACGGUAAGAUAGGAGACCUGGGUAGUGGACGCUCCAUCCCCAUCAAACAGAGCAUCCUGCUGAAGCGCAGUGGGAACUCUCUCAACAAGGAAUGGAAGAAGAAAUACGUCACGCUGUCCAACAACGGCAUGCUCUCUUAUCACUCCAGCGUCAACGACUACAUGCAGAAUGUCCAUGGGAAAGAGAUGGACCUGCUGAGGGUGACUGUGAAGGUGCCAGGGAAACGCCCGCCCCGUGCUGGUGCCGUCCCUUCCUGUGGUCCUCCGCCCGGCCUCAACGGCCUGGUCAAAGACGUCCAGGGGCCUGAGGGGGCCAGCGCGGUCCCUGGUAGUGGUAGUAACCUCCUGCCCGUAGAAGAGGGGGCGGGAGGAGGGUUGUCUCCUGGGGGGAACAGAGCGGUGCAGCGCUGCCCCUCUACUCUCUCUAACAAGCCCCAAAGCAUGGACUCUGCCAUCGAAGGGGUGUCCAGACCCUCCUCCUAUAAAGAUACAGGCCCAGCCUCCCCAAUGGUUGACAGGAAGAAGCAUCGCAGGAAGAAGAGCAUGAACCAGAAAGGAGACGUAGCCAUUGGCCAAGCAGAUGACGAGGAUAACUUUGACUUUCUGAUCGUGUCGAGCACGGGCCAGACGUGGCACUUCGAGGCCCAGAGUGUGGAGGAGAGGGACUCCUGGGUGACGGCCAUCGAGAGCCAGAUCCUGGCCAGUCUGCAGCUGUGUGAGAGCAGCAAGAACAAGGCUCGUAAGAACAGCCAGAGUGAAGCUGUGGCACUGCAGGCUAUCCGUAACGCCAAGGGCAACAGUCUCUGUGUGGACUGUGAAGCACCUAACCCAACAUGGGCCAGUCUGAACCUGGGGGCUCUGAUCUGCAUUGAGUGUUCAGGAAUCCACAGGAACCUGGGCACCCACCUGUCCCGUGUCCGCUCUCUGGACCUGGACGACCUGCCCAGAGAACUCACCCUGGUGUUGGGUGCCAUCGGCAACCACCUGGCCAACAGCAUCUGGGAGGGACGUACGCUGGGCCGCAGAAAACCCACGCCCGACGCCACACGAGAGGAGCGGGAGUCAUGGAUCCGAGCCAAGUACGAGCAGAGGUUGUUUGUGGCUCCGCUGGCCCUGCCCUCCUCCAGUCAGGGGUUAGAGGUCAACAUGCUGUCAGCCAGUCUGCUGGCGGCCGUGAUGGAGAGGGACCUCCCCCGCCUGCUCCUUCUCCUGGCCCAUAGCACCAAGGAUGACAUCAAUGCCCCCCUUCCCCCAGGGGGUCACCUCUCUCCACCCCCCCCUGCUGCCUCCCCCAGCCCUCCCCUGGAGGGCUCCCUCCGGCCGCCUUGCUCUGCGCUGCACGCCGCCUGCCAGCUCGCCGACGUGGUCAUGACCCAGCUGCUGGUCUGGUAUGGCAGUGAUGUGAGGUGUCGGGACGCCCAGGGGCAGACGGCCGUCACGUUGGCACGUUAUGCUGGUAGUCAGGAGUGUGCCGACAUCCUCCUGCAGUAUGGCUGCCCCAACGAGCCCGCCCCUUCGGUUGCCACAACACCAAGCCUUUCUGUUGCCACAACACCAAGCCUCUCGGUCGCCACAACACCCAGCCUUUCCCGCAAGAGCAGCGCAGGCAGCCUCAGCCGCAGCAGCUCCAGAAGAGCAGUGUCUUAAUGUGAGGGGGGUAGAAAACGUGUGUGUGUGUGUGUGUGUGUGUGUGUAAGAGAGAGGGGGGAUAUGUGUGUGGGUGGAUGUGUCAGUGUGUGUUAGAAUGCCCGUGUGCGUGUGAGAGGUUGUGUGGGUGGUGCAUGUGUGUUUGUAACCAUAUGUAUGCCAGGGUGGCUCUAGUUGAAGGGGGAGGCUGUGUCCUCAGUGUCCUCUAAAAAGGAACCCAUGAAGUCACACCAGGAUGUAGUCACAGACCAAAAGGACUGAAUGGACAAGCAGCUAAUACUGUCACCACCGUAAAGCCAGAAGGCAGAGCUCACUCUUACCUGGCUCUGUGUGUGUGUGUGUGUGUGCGUGCGUAUGAGUGUGUGUGAGAGAGGGACUGCUCCACUCAGUGGCUACCUUGUCCCCACUAUGGCGCUGAUGAUCCACUCUUCCAGGCUCCCCUCACCACCGCUCUGUGGGAACUUUGACCUGUGUGUUACUGCUACACCACCACCCGUGCCAUGCACCUUAGUAACACAGACAGAAAGACAAAGGGAUAAUGUAAUGACAAGCGCUGGGGCCGAAAUGGUGGCCCAUCCUGUAUGCUGACUUGGGUUCAUGCCCAAUCACAUCUCUCAAACCACAGGGCUGGGAGAGGAAAAUGAACCAGAGGUACAGAACUGCAAUAAUUGAAUUACCAGUGUGAGACAGUGGAUUUGUAGCUUUUUCUCACCCUACUGUACCUCUAGGUGCUUGGAAUCCCAUGAUAACAGACUACAAUAUGAAAACGGGAAGAUGCUUUCCGUUAUCGACGGCAGAAAAUGUAAAUUUAAAAUUCAAUAUGAACAUUUCUCCUGUGCUUCGAUGGUUAGGUGGAGCAGGUUAACUCAAAAUGCAGCUAAAUCAAUGAAGAUGCUACAUUAUGAUAACAUGAGUAUGAGGGGGCUCAUUGAAUCCUCUUAACGGCAUUGUACUUACUCACGCAGAAACGAAACAGUGGAGCCAAGACCAACAACUGCCAGUGCUGGAACGAACAUAACCACUGUUAAACCUCAUCACUGUACCACAGUCAAACAAAACGGUCAGUUACUGAACAAUGCUCAGCUGAGGUCAAAUUCAAAAGAAAUACUGUCCGACAGAUAAAGGAUUUGUAUUUUAAGAAUUUAGGUCAAAAUAAUAAUUGUAUAGAAAGACAUAUAUGAAAUUGAUAUUAUUACUUUACUUGUCAUAGUUAUCAAUAUUGAGAAGUACUUCAUGUUCAAGAAUGUUAUUGUAUGUUCUGAAGUUUGUAUGGUAGGUUCUUGUUUGUAAUACACAUGGGUUACUCUUAGCUGUUGAGAGAUUCAAAACUGUAACAGAUUUGGUGAUUCAUUUUAUUUGGCAGUCCGCUAUCUACAGUCAUGUGAAAAAGUAAGUACGCUCCCUUGAAAGUGGUCUUUUUUUAAUUUGACAUAUUUGGACACAUGGAUAUCUGAGCUAAAUUCCAACCACAUUCAUUGAUAAAGGUGAUCCAAUUGAACAAAUCACACAAAAAAAUGUUACUUUGAAAAUGUUAUGCAAUUAAAAUAAACAAAAAUGCAAUUUCUUUAAGCAGAAAAAGUGAGUACACCCCUACCUUUACCAUCACAUCAAAUGGCUAAAAUUAGAUCCAAGUGCACCAACAUAGGUGAAAAUCAUUAGAGAGUAAAUUGGGAGGGUCUAGCUUUCCAUAAAGAUUAGAAACUGGUUUGGGUGUUUGGUAAAACAUCAUGUCAAGAUCAAAAGACCUACCUGAGGCCCUCAGAAGAAAGCUUAUUGAUGCCCAUGAGUCUGGGAGGGGUUACAAAUAAAUUUCCAAGCAAUUUGAAGUACAUCAUUCCACUGUCUGACGGCUCAUCUACAAAUGACCAUUGGCAAUCUACCUAGGACAGAUCGUCCCACCAAAAUUAGCCCAAGAGCUGACCGAAAGAUGCUCAUAGAAGUCUCUAAGAACCCCGGGGUAACAUCAAGGGAUCUACAAACCUCUUUUGCCACAAUCAAUGUAUAAGUGCAUGAGUUAACAGUCAGAAAGAGACUGCACAAACUUGGCCUAUAUGGGAGGUCAGGAAGGAAGAAGCCGCUGCUCUCAAAAAAUAAUAUGAAGACACGGCUGACAUUUUCCAGACAACAUCUGGGUGAAGACCAAAACUACUGGAACAAUGUGCUCUGGACAGAUGAGUCAAAGGUGGAGUUGUUUGGCCGCAUUGCCAGACGCCAUGUUUGCGGAAAACGGAACACUGCCUUUGAACAGAAGAACCUCAUACCAACCGUAAAGCAUGGAGGCGGUGGCAUUAUGGUUUGGGGCUGCUUUGCUGCCUCAGGGCCUGGCCAACUUGCCAUCAUUCAACCACGAAUUCCAUAUUGUACCAGAUGAUUCUUGAGGAGAAUGUGAGGCCAAAUGCCAAAAAGCUGAAGCUGAACCGAACAUGCAUCUUGCAACAGGACAAUGAUCCAAAACACACAAGCAAAGCUAUAACAGAAUGGCUCAAAAAUAAGAAAUGAAGGGUUAUGGAAUUCCCCCACAGCAUCCUGUCGAAAUGCUGUGGGGGAACUUGAAGCUGGCCGUGCUUGCAAGAAAGCCCUCGAACAUGACAGUUGAAGUAGUACUGUAAAGAAGAGUUGGCAGAAAUUCCUCCCUGUCGAUGUAAGAGACUGAUAGACAGUUACAAGAAACGGCUACAUUAAGUUAUUUCAUCUAAAGGGGGCAACACCAGCUAUUGAAGCUAGGGGUGUACUUGUUUUUUUCCGCACUAUGGAAUUGCAUUUCUGUACAUUUUUUGAUGAAUAAAUUAUUACAAAGUAUGAUCUUUCAGUGUCAUUUGUUAAAUUAGGUUUCCUUUAUCUGUCAAUUGUGGUGAAGUGAAGAUUACACAUCCAUCUGUCCAAAUAUGUACAACAAAAGACCACUUUCCAGGGAGUGUACUUACUUUUUCACAUGACUGUAUGUCCAUGACAUCACUUUGAGUUCCAAGAUGGAGACUUGUAAUGUGUGUUUCAGAAAUGAGAAACAUGGAUUUACUGUGUAGUCAUAUCGAAGAAUAGAGAGAGAGAGAGACCGACUAGUGCAGUUGCUCUAUGUCCUAUUUUAGCUGAACAGUGUUGCUGCCAGACGCCGUUUUAGUGUGAAACAAAUGAAAUGCCUUCAGUUUGAUUGAAUGUAUUGCAAUUAUUGGUAAUGUUUUGGUGAACUGCCACACCUCCAAAAGAAAAAGGGUUUCAAAGCCAAAAGUCGCAGACGUCAUUCUCGAUUAUCAUCGCAACUGUACAAAAUGAUCAUUAGUAAGAGAAAUCAUUGGCCUUGUGCUGAGAAUGUUUUGCUAGUGGCCACAUUAGAGACUAUUAUAAUAACAACACAAGGACCAUGUUGCUUGAAUAUUGGGACUUACAAAUCUACUGUAGUGUGAUCAUACCGCUAGUCGUUUUUGAACUGAAAAUGUGUCUGUAAAUAGUGUAAGCUUCUCUUUUUUAUUUGCAGUGUUUUUCUACUCAUGUACAUGAUUCAUGGCUCAUUCAAGUUAGCUGUCAAUACAAUUACUGUCCAACUUGUGGUGUUUUAUUUAUAGAUUUGGGGGUAUUUCAUAUUUUAAUGUGAAACUUUUAUCUGCUUAAAAAAAGAAGGAAAUAGAAAACAACACCAUACAACAAAGCAACAGAAUAAAAUGUUCAUAAUAUG